AUGCGGUUGUCCGUGUUACAGAGUACCUUCCUGGCAGCAUGGCUGAGUCUCCUCCUGGUAUUGAUUCUAGCUGGGCGUGGUUGCGACACCCUCCCGCUCGCUCAAAAGCCCCGCAUUACCGAUGCAGCACAGGAGCUCGACUCACUGGAGAAUGCCGUUGAUAUUGCGCAGAGAAGAAUAGAAGCAUACCCAUCUUCAGGAAUGGUUAGAGUCCUUGACAGACGUCCCAGCGGAGCGGGAGGCUCCAAGAAGCCAAAGCGGUCGUGGGGAGCUCCACUCCCCGGAGCGGACCGCCCGGAUCACGACGACCCGUACGCCACUUACGACGACUCGCACUGGGGUAAAUUUCUGCCCGUGUCGUCUUCCUCCUCCUUAGAGACGAAGACCGGUUUCUCGGAUGACUACGAUCCUCUCGGUGGGGGAACUUUCAUCAGUGAGGUAAUCGAUCCCUCCAUCACACAUAGCGUCUUUGGCAGUAUGCCCUCGGACAUUGAAAGCUCAAAUACAGGCCCGAAAUGGACGGAUGCCCAACCUUCGGAAGGACAAGAUUCCCAGAGCGUUGUACAGCCUUCGGACAGUGACGUCCAGAAACUAGACCUGGGGCUGGUGGCAUCGGACACGGACCAGAACUCUCUGAAGCCUCAACAAGAAGCCGAGGAUGAUCUUAUUCGAGAGGAGGGUGAGGCUGACGUCCAAAAUGACCUCGAUUUCAAAAAUCGUCAGGAGGAUUCACCCAUGAGCAACGUGCUAUCCGCGGUUCUUUCCGCCGAUGGAGGUGCAGACUCGACCCACAGUGACGCGGAGAAGUCUUUCCCUGCUGGGGUUUCUCCGCACGCCGCAGGAAAGAGCCCAGAGCCCAUUGAGAUGGAACGCGGGGAAACUGUACCAGUUCAGGUGCAAGGAGGAGGUGCUAAUUUAGACACUGUUGCCGUUGAAAAGACCGCAGGUACCCUUCGCCCUGGCACCAGCGACGACAGGAUUCCCAACGGCAUCACAGAGGAUGACGUCAUCAACGACUUCCUGGAUUGGCUGCUCUUCUUAUUGGACCGGAUGGUGGAACGCAAACAGAAAAUAUCCCACAUCAAAAACGGUGCUCUUGAAUCAGUCUAAACUAAACCAGGCCCCACUCAUUUA